GAAAUAUAUCAUGGAAUAUAUAAACACUGCAGACUAAAUGAUUGGGUAAUUACAAAUGUAACAAUUAAAUGGAUUAAUGAGACGAAAAAAAUUGGAAGUAAUAUAACUUACAACAAGGAUAAUUAUCCAGUAUACACGAUUGGUAUUGAAAUUAACUGUGUGGAUUACAGAAGAAUCGAAAAGAAUUUUUGUUAAAAAUAUCGAAGAUUACAAAAACAAAAAUCUCUCAAAAUUAGACAAGGACGCUUGUGAAAUUGCAAAUAUUCUAUCGCAAAAUGAAGUUCAGCUGCGUAAUGUUCAUUUGUUCUUUGGUCAUAAAAUCGGGCAUGACAAUGAUACAAUUCACUCAAGGUACCUUCAAUUCUUGUGAUCCAGGCCAAUGGAUUAUGACAAAUACAAAAUUCGAAUGGGAAAACAACACGAAAAUAAUUUCAUGUAAUGUUACUUACAAAGAGUCAAACAAUAGCAUAAUCUACAGGAUACAUAUUAUAAUGGGUUGUGAAGAUAUAAAUUUUAAUUGUACUAAGGAACCGAUUGUAUGGAUUGACAAUAUCGACUGUAAUUCCCAGAAUCUCUCGUCACCGGAUAUGAAAAUUUGUGAAAUUGGAGAUGAAUUGGUAAAGUGGGAAACAGAGAAAGAGUUAUUAGAAUACCGAUAUGGGAAAUUUAUUGGAGACUUGCUCUCUCAAAUGUGUUGUAUAAGUUUGAUUAACGUCGAUGGUACAGUAUAUUUUUAAAAUUGUCUUUUUCAAACAUGUAAAUAUCUUGCCAUGUAAGAAUUAACAUUAAAAAGUGUUUCUUCUUAUAUUCAGCUAUUGAUUGAUGACAUUAAUAUUGUAUAGGUUUGAUAAGAUUAAAUUAAAAUAUAAAUAAUCAAAUACUUAGAUAUUAAAUGUAAUCAGAAUUUAAUGUUACUAUAAAAUGUAUGUCUUAUUUAAGAUCAAUUAUUUGACUGUUAUUGAAAAAACUUAAUAAAGAGAGAGAAAGAGAUUAAUCCUUCA